AUGGAUUGUUUCCAGACGUCGCCCAGCUCCUCCUGGAUUUAUCCCACUGUGAUCCUCUGCUUAUAUGGAUUCUUCUCCACCAUGAGGCCCUCGGAACCGUUCCUUGCCCCAUACCUAACAGGCCCAAGUAAAAACCUUACCAGCGAAGAGAUCACAAAUGAGGUCUUCCCGGUGUGGACGUACUCUUACCUGCUGCUGCUGCUCCCGGUGUACAAGCCGGUCAUCAUCCUGCAGGGGGUCAGCUUCAUCGUCACCUGGCUGAUGCUCUUGUUCGCCCACGGAGUGAAGGCCAUGCAGGUCAUGGAGUUCUUCUUCGGGAUGGUCACGGCCACCGAGGUGGCCUACUACGCCUACAUCUACAGCGUGGUCAGCCCCGAGCACUACCAGAGGGUCAGCGGCUACUGCAGGAGCGUCAUGCUGGCGGCCUACACCGUGGCCUCGGUGCUGGCCCAGCUCCUGGUGUCCCUGGCCCGCCUGCCCUACUUCUACCUCAACGCCAUCUCCCUGGCCUCGGUCUCCCUGGCCUGCCUGUGCUCCCUUUUUCUCCCCAUGCCCAGGAAGAGCUUGUUUUUUCAUGCCAAGCGCAGCCUGGAAGUUGAGAAGUCGCCCAGCAGGGAGGCCGCGGUGGAGGAGGCCCCUGAGUGGGAGGCGCCCGGCUGGGCCGAGGAGAAGCCCACCUCGCGGGUGCCCACCGUCUCGGGGCAGCUGGCCGGCGGCCGGGGGAGGAGCGCCAGGGCCGACAGCUCGGCGUGGGGGGUGUGUGUGCGGUGGGUGCGUGACCUGAGGCAAUGCUACUCCUGCCGGCGCCUGCUCUACUGGUCCCUGUGGUGGGCGUCUUCCACGGCGGGCUACAACCAGGUGGUGAACUACAUCCAGGUGCUGUGGGAUUCCAAGGCCGCGUCGCAAGACUCUCUGGUCUAUAACGGGGCGGUGGAGGCGUUGGCGACCUUCGGGGGGGCUGUGGCCGCCUUGGCAGUGGGUCAUGUGAACGUCAGCUGGGAUCUCCUGGGGGAGCUGGCGCUGGCCAUCUUCUCGGUUGUCAACGCAGCCUCUCUGUUCCUCAUGCAUCAGACCACUAGCAUCUGGGUGUGCUACGCUGCUGGCUACCUGAUCUUCAAGUCCAGCUACGAGCUUGUUAAAUUAUAA